UCUGCUUCUUCUCUUGUUAACCUUUUUUUUUCUAUUUUAAUCCGUACGUGAUCAGCCUCUGAACCAAACUCACCAGAGCGUGUAUUGUCACGGCAUUGUCACUCCGUGACACCGGUUCUUCGUACAUUCUCUAACCGUAUCCGCACACUAGAAUUACAAUACCUUAUUGUGAUCAUUUCUGAAUUGACAGUGUUAACGUAAACAACUAAAAUAACCUUUUAGGAUUUCCUAUUUUUUAUGCAAUCAAUAUUGCUUACAAGAAACAAACAUUUUUUUUAAACAUUAAAGUGAUUUUUGCAUAAUAUUCUAGUAAACGUGUUCAAUAGCGAAAAGAAAAAGUGAAAUUUUUUAAAAAGUCUUUAUUGAAUAUUUUAUUAGCGAUGUGUUCUUCGUCUGUGAUGUUACUGAGCGGUACACCAAAGAAAACGAUGAGGAUUUUUACGAAUUUCGUCGAUUUAAAUUCGGAUUCGGAUAACAACAUGGAAAUGGAUUCAUUGGAAACUUAUCAAGAAACGAAGAACAGAAUCCCAGAUAACAACAUUGACCUUUUCAAAUUAAAUCAAUCGAAAGAUGUAACAUCGAAGCGAUUAAACCUGAACGCGAUACAUCAACAGCAACAACCGAAGAAUAAUUUAAUAAUCAAUUGUGAUGAUGAUAAAAUUGAAACGUUUUGCCUUGAAGAUGUUAUUUUAUCUGAUAGUUCAAUAGAAACCCUAAUGGAUUUGGAAAAUUUGAGUCUUCGAUCGAAUGGGAUGCAAAUGUUUCCGAGUAUGGUUUUGAAAUUAACGUCUUUGACUAUGUUGGAUUUAUCCGAUAAUAAUAUUCGUGUUUUGCCGCCAGAAAUUAACAGAUUGAUAAAUUUGAAAGAAUUGGUUUUGGAUCAUAAUGUGAUAAGUGUCUUGCCAGAAACUCUUUGGGAUUUGAGAUUGUUAAAAAUUUUGAAAUGCGCCAAUAAUAGAUUGGCUUUACCGCCGGAUAAAUUUGCAGAUAUGAGGGCGAUCAUUUUAAACGAAACAGAUCACAUCAAACCGGAUAAUUCACUUCAGUCAAAAACAAAUAUUUUAACAACUUUAAAUUUAAGAGGAAAUCGUUUAAAAGGAAAUAUAAUUUUAGGAAAUUAUGGGAAUUUAACAGAACUGGAUUUAAGCGAAAAUAUUAUAGAAAACUUGGAUCUAACAGCAGUUGAACAACUACAAAUUUUACAAUGUUCAAGAAAUAAUCUAACGCAACUAAUUUUAUUUGGAAAGCACUUAACAUCUUUAAUAGCAGGAAAUAACAGUUUAAUAAAUCUCUCGGUAAAACAUCCCGCAUUAAACCUAAAACAUAUCGACGUCAGUUACAACGAAUUAGAAGUAUUACCAGAUUGGUUAUCAAAUUGCCAAGAUCUUCGAUCUUUAUUCGCUAGUAAUAAUAAUAUAAAGUUCUUACCGGAAGAAUUGUUUAGCAACAACAUGCCGUUUUUACACACCAUUCAAUUGGCUUACAAUCAAAUCCAAUAUUUGCCGUUAAUACAAAGAAAAUUUGCGAUACAAGAAUUUUUUUUACAAAAUAAUAGUUUAUCGAUGUUGCCAGAGAAUUUUUUUAAAACCAUUUAUAAUUUAAAAGUUUUAAAUGUCUCGAAUAACCGAUUAUGCGAUUUACCAAAACCGGAUAAAGAUUUAGCUUUGGAAAAGUUGUUUCUCACAGCUAAUUGUUUAAGCGAUCGAUCGUUGGAGAAAAUAACACCGUUUUUGAAGAUUUUAAAAAUAUUUCAUGGUGCCUACAACAAUUUUACGACAAUCCCAGAAAUUUCAUCUAUUUAUUGGUGUGAAAUAGAAGAACUGGUUUUCUCUGGUAAUAAGUUAUUAAAAUUACCAGAAGAUAUCGGAAAUUUACAUCAUUUAUCUGUAUUAAGAGUCCAUUCAAAUUUAUUACAGAACAUUCCGAAAUUAUCUAAUUUACUCACAUUAAGAGUUUUAGAUUUAGCUCAUAAUCAAUUAGAUCGGGUCGAUUUAACACAUUUAAUUCCCCCGAAUUUAAAAUUUUUGGAUUUAUCGUGCAAUACGAAGCUUCACGUUGAUUCUCAACAAUUUUAUAUGUACCGAUCUCAAAGACCGAUGAGUUUAGUUGAUGUUUCUGGAAAAAAUCGAUCUACACUUCCUUUAUCGCCAUCACCAUUCUGCGAAAAUAAUUUAACCGAAUCAAAUUGGACGGUGGGAUUUUCAGAAACUUCGGGUUCAAAGCAUCGAUUAUACAUUUCUCAAAUUCGUUUACCAGCUUUUUGCAACACCGAAGCAUUAUUUGGAAUGUUCGACGGUGAAAAUCAAAACGAAAUUCCCGUUUCCGUCGAUAAAGUGGUACCUAGGAUAUUAUUAGAAGAACGAACUGUUAAAGAAACUUGUAAUGAUUACAUGAAAUUUACUUUAUUAUCGACUUUUCGUGAAUUAAAAACGACUCAACGAAUAAACGCCGUUCUUGUGCAUAUUUUAAAAUCGAAAGUUCCCGCUGAUUAUUCAUUUUGUGGCGGUGUUAAAAAAUAUUUAAUGAAAAUCUCAACGGUUGGGGAUUUAAAAGUGGUUUUGGGGCGAAAUAAUGGCCCGAUUCGGAUUUUACCGCAAAAAUCGAGAAAGACUAACAAAAACAUUCGAACAAAUCCACAAAUACAUUACCUAAACACGGUUCCCGACCCGGAAAUUACCGAAAUUUAUUUAAACGAGCAAGAUGAAUAUUUAAUUAUAGCGAAUAAAAACAUUUGGAAUGUAAUCACACCAGAAAACGCAAUUAAAGAAGUUUCAUUACAAAGAAAUGUUAUUUUAGCGGCGAAAAGACUCCAAGAUUUAUCACAAAGUUACGGGGCCGAAGAAAAUUUAAGUAUAAUAGUUGUUAAAUUUAAUUUAAUCGGGACCGAUGUUGAUUUGUUAAUGAAAGAAUUAAGACAGACUAUAAAUAAAACGAAUUGUCAUCAAAGCGAAUCUGGGUUAUCUUCAACUUCUUGUCAACCCGGCUGUUGUUGCGAAAUUCUCCACAACGAAUGUAUAAAUUGUUUGGAAGAACAAAAAAAUAAUAAUAACAUCAUCGAUGAUCGAUCGUCUCCAAGCGGUCAAAGCGAACAAUUCGAUUCUAAUUCAUCCGCAAAAAACUAUAUUAACCAAUUAAACCGACAAUUUCAAAAAUUAUCACCGGACAGAAGAAGUUAUAGUGGAGGAGUUGCAAAAGCUUUGCGUUCAAGAAAAUCGGAAGAUGAAAAAUCGUCUCGAUCCGAAGAUACCGAUUCCGCGUUAUCCGAAGAACAAUUCAAAUGUUGGGAAUACAUGUUAGAACAAAACACUCAAUUAUUAUUUGAUAAGGAGUUAAAUACGCUUACUAGUACAAGAAGUAAUAGAUCAAGACCGAAUUUUUUAGCGACGAAAGGUGGUACUUUAUCGAGAAGUAAUCCAAUGAUUGCAUCGGAUGGUGGCGGAAAUAAUUUAUCUUUUUUAUCAAAACAAUUUGGGAGUACGAGAAGUUUUAAUCCUGGUUUAUCAAGACCCGCAUCGAGACUUUCGCUGGAUAAGAAGUUGAUUGGGGGACCGCAUGCUGCUUAUUUUGGUAGUUUGCAACGGUUGAUGCCGUAUAAUUUAGAGUACGAUUUUAGUGUUAUGCAAGAAAGGGGAUUAGCUGAUUCUUUGGAUUUGGAUAGGAUGCAACAAUAUUGGGGGGUUACUACUACCGAAUUAUAAUUAUAUUGAUAACUUAUAAUGUACAAUAAAAUGCAGAAAAAGUAUAUAUACAUUCUUAUUUAAUAAAUUUUGUUUUUAGUUC